AUGGUUGGUUUCUACGACCCUCCCUACCUUGCCAAGAAGCAAAAGGCUUGGGAGAAUCUCAUGGCCUUUCUUAACUCCUACCUUUGCCCAUGGGUCUGCAUAGGUGACUUCAACUUCACUACUAAUGACAAGGAGAUUCUUGGAGGAAAAAGAAGUGGAGAAUCCUCGGCCAUCAAUUAUCUAAAAGAGUUAAUCUUCGAAUUCGGUGCUAUAGACUUGGGAUUCUUUGGUAAUUCUUACACAUGGGCCAGAGGGAGAUGGGGAAGCUUCACUAUCAAGAGAAGGUUGGAUAAAGGCAUUGCCAGUAUCUCAUGGCACCUUGCUUUCCCCAGAGCAGCUGUGUCUCACCUGGGAGCCUUCAAAUCUAACCACACCCCAAUCCUAUUAGAUACUAAUCCAGAAGAUAGCUUCACCCAUAGACCAUUCAAAUUCGAAGCUGCUUGGAUCAUGGAUAGUGGAUGCAACUCUAUUGUGCAGAAGGCUUGGAAUGUGCAAGCUAGAGGUCGAGCUUUUAUUAAACUCUUCAAAAAGCAGACUAACACUAGGGAUGCACUCUGA